GGGAUGACCAAUAAGGUAAGAUUUAAGACGGAAGAAGAGGGAGUCCUCGUCAAACAACUCUACAAGUUGCUUACAACGUGGAUGAAUCCAAAACUCCACCGUUAUUUCCCUCCAACACAGAAGCUUGUCGCCAUUGCAAUGGCGCCAACAGAGCCAUCAAUUUCCGAUCAGACUGUCCAGAUAUGCCUGACAACAUACACGUUUUUUCCGCCGCCUAAUUCAACCCCCCACGCGUCAUCCACAUUCUUCAAUCCUUCAAAAUGCCUCAACCAAAUCCCCCCCGACUUCAAACCCACGAACAAGAUGAUGCUUCUCUGACCUAUCCCUUUUCCUUUUCCUCUGUUUUCUCCCUUUUCGAUACGACCUUGAAACCUGGCAAUGGCUGCUGCUGCUGAGAAUCGGGUUUCUAGGGAAGUGCAGCUUUCAAUGGCGGUUUCGUCUAUGUUUCCUGGUUUUCGCUUUUCGCCGACUGAUGAGGAGUUGAUUUCGUUUUACCUCAAGAAGAAAUUGGAAGGGUAUGAGAAGAGCGUUGAAGUCAUUGCGGACGUUGAAAUUUACAAGUACGAACCCUGGGACUUACCUGGUCAGUUCUGCUUUUAAUGCCAAGUCUAUCAUUCAAUCAGAUAAUGAGUGGUUUUUCUUCUCCCCUCGUGGAAAGAAGUACCCAAACGGUAAUCAGACGAGGAGAGCUACCGAUUUAGGCUACUGGAAAGCCACAGGGAAAGAACGUAAUGUAAAGUCAGGUUCUAACACUAUUGGUACUAAGAGGACUCUGGUUUUUCAUACUGGCCGUGCACCUAAAGGGGAAAGGACAGAGUGGAUUAUGCAUGAAUAUAACACCAAAGAUAAAGCUCAGGAUUUUCUAGUUGUUUGCCGCCUCAGGAGGAAUAAUGAAUUUCGUCAACAUAGUUGCUCAAACCGAGCUUCUUCUAGCCAAAUGAAUUUAUCCUUGUUGCAAGCUCAUUCUAGUGAGCAGGUAGAUUCUACUGAAUCCAAUCAAAAAGAUGCAGCCGAAACUACACAUGUGGAUUCAGGUGAUCAUGAUCAGAAGGAUUGUGGCUCUGAUGAUUUCUACUCCGACAUACUAAAAGAUGAUAUUAUAAAUCUGGACACUGCACCUUUGGAUGGUGCUUUGGAUCCUUUACCACUGAUUUUCCAGAGAUCAGACACAGAGAGAAGAUCCCAGCAGCGAGGGAAGCGAUGGUUUCGAAUGGCUACCGAACCAAGGCUCCGCCAAUCGAAGAAUCAGAUUGAAAAAGAGAGAAGCGACUGGAGGAAAGAAGCUAGAAAGUACGAAAAUUGGUGAUUGCAGAAACAAGGUUGAGAAAGCAAGGUUGUGUUCCACAGAAGUAUGUCAAAGCCGGUUGAUGAACACUGACUCUUGUGGUAGCAUUUCGCUUGGCUACUAUGUUCGAGUUGUGAUAUUUGUUUUGUUGAUUUUGAUGGCUUUGUUUAUGUCUCGAUGGGAGGUUUUUGGUAUACCCAAGGGACUCUGCUGAUCUUCCUAUGGCAUGCUAAUGUAAGAGGUUCUGUUAACCAAGCGAAGCAUAUCUUCAAGUGUCAAUUUUGUCAUCUUACUUCAUUAAUAUUAACUUCUUGAUAAUUUUAGGCCGAUUUUAUAUAAUUUUAGGGCAGUAUAAGAUUUUUAAAAUUAAUUUUUACAAUAAUUUGCAAUUUCCUCUCAAGUUUUAAAAAUAAAACGAUUUUAUGAUUUUUUUUUUUGAAUUUUUGGUAUAAUUUUUUAAAAAUGUUUACCAACACGGUUUUUGUUUUUGUUUAUUUCAUGGUUUUUGAAAAUUGUGUUUUAUUUCUAACUUCUUAUUUAAUACAGUGGUUACAUAGAAUUUUUAAUCAAAUUAUGUGUGUUUUUAAUAGAAGUGAAUGAUAAAAUAAUGAAACUUUGCUUAACAAAACAGCCUAAACUUAAAUUAUAUUUCAUUAUCAGAUUUCUGCAUAAGUUUGGAACCAAUUUAACCUUGACACAUUCACUCUUAUUAAAUUUUUCUAUCUUUUAUAAUUUUUAUUAAUGGAAACUGUAUUGUCGUGGGCAUGUUGGAUUAGAAAAAUUCUUAAUAAAUAGUAAAAAAGAAAAAAAAAUGAAACUAUUUUUAAAAUAUAGUAAAAUUUUUUAAGAGAAUUUUGAGUUGAAUGGAUUGGAUUGGAUUUUGCUAUAUUUUGUUUAAAGAAAUCCUAUUUUUCAUUUUUUAUUAUUUCCAAAUUGCCAACAGUGGAACCCUAUCUUCCUUUUUCUUCUCCUCCAUUUGCAACCUCUUAUCUUUUCUACAGUGAACCCCCUCCAACGAGGAUCGCAAGAUACGAGACAUCUUCCAUGCAGCAGAGCAAUGACUAGAGACAAGUGAUAAAGAGUAAAAUGAAGACGACAAUUGAUGAGAGAGGAAUCCAGAGAGAGAGAGUAGCAAUCAAACGUGUCGUGGAGGAGUCAUAGCGUUGGCUGGCGCAAGUAGAAUGAUGAUAGUUGAGCGAAACGAUGGUCGUAACUCGUAAAGUGGUAACAUAUAAAGUAUCACCACUCGUCUUUUAUAGAUAUCAUCUUUUCACUUCUUAAUUCUUUAAUGUGGGACAAGUGAAAUGUCCUACUACCAUGUGCCUUUGUCGUUCUCAAGUCUAAGAGUAAUGUGAGUCAUUCUCAACCAAUUUUAGUUACCUUUUUAUUUUCA